UUGCUUUCCCGGAUUGCCCUCUCCGGUUACUUUAAUGUCUUCUAGAAGUUUCCUUUAGAGUAUAGUUGCCUAUAUAAAUCGGGUUCGAUUCUUGUGUCCUCGCAUCGUGUUCAUUUUGAGUGCCAAAUCGAGACUUCUUGAAAUUGUCGAAAUCAGAGAGAGAGAGAGAGAGAGAGAGAGGAAGAACUGUGAAGCGAGAUGAGUUCGAAUACGAAAGAAAUGGCCGCGAAAGAAGGAGCUAAAGCAGAGAGGAGGAAGGUGGUGGUGAUUGGUGGCGGCGUGGGUGGCUCUCUCGUCGCAAAAUCCCUGCAGUCCGUUGCUGAAGUCGUUCUUAUCGACCCGAAAGAGUACUUUGAGAUCCCCUGGGCAGCCUUAAGGGCGAUGGUCGAGCCCUCUGUCACCGAAAGAUCCGUGAUUUAUCACAGAGAUUAUUUCACCCACGGACAGAUUGUCACGUCUGCGGCGGUGGACAUCACGGAAAGCGGAGUCUUGACUGCAGAUGGCGAUCUGUAUCCGUAUGAUUAUCUUGUUAUCGCCACCGGACACGAUGAUUCAAUCCCGAGAGAUAGAGGCGAGAGGCUCGUCUACUACAAGGCCGAACAUGACAAGAUCAGAUCUGCGAAUUCGAUCCUCAUUGUUGGAGGAGGUCCCACGGGUGUUGAACUUGCUGGCGAAAUCGCCGUUGACUUUCCAGAAAAGAAGGUGACCCUGGUGCACAGGGGUUCCAGAUUGCUGGAAUUCAUAAGUCCCAAGGCUUCCAAAAAGACAUUGAAUUGGUUGGUUUCGAAGAAAGUCGAAGUGAUCUUGGGCCAAUCGGUCGAUCCGGAUUCUAUGUCAGACGGUGUUUAUCGCACGUCCGGGGGCAACACUAUCCAGGCUGAUUGUCACUUUGUUUGCAUCGGGAAGCCGAUCGGCUCGUCCUGGCUUAAACAAACUUUUCUUAAGGACAGCUUGGACAGCCACGGGAGAUUGAUGGUCGACGAGCACUUGAGGGUCAAGGGCUACAAGAAUGCUUUCGCUGUCGGCGAUAUCACCGAUAUUGAAGAACUCAAACAAGGCUAUGUGGCCCACGCGCACGCUGCGAUCACCGUGAAAAACCUGAAGCUGUUGAUGAGCGGAGGAGGACACGCGAGCAAAUUGUCUGCUUACAAGCCCGGACCGGCGCUCGCUAUUGUUUCCCUCGGAAGAAAAGAGGCGGUCGCGCAAUUCCCGUUCAUGACGGCAAUCGGAUGGUUUCCUGGAAAGAUCAAAUCUGGCGACCUUUUCGUGGGGAGGACGAGGAAACAGCUCGGGCUCAAACCGUCGUCUUCGUAACCAAAGUCGCCGUCGAUCGGGAAAUGAGAGAACGCGAACGGUCUAGAGGUGUUGCUGGGCAUGUUCCUUGGUGUUGUAUGAAUGCAUUGGAACAAGGGUGGAGUAGUCUGUAGGAGGUGUGUGUGAAAUUUGCAGCGUGUGUUUGUUAAAGAUUGAAUUUUGUUAUUCAGUAAAUUACUUAAUUUGUUUUUCUGGGGUUGUAAGUUUGUUUACUUCUGUAAAAUGCAUGUAAUUAUUCGCAAUUAAUAAUUAUUCAUGAUUAUUGAAGGACGAGUUAUUU